UUGAGGCAGACGCCCCCUUUGCCCGCAGGAGUGGUUCACGGUGUACGAGCACGUGCGCCCGCCGCGCUGCACCGUGCCCGAGCUGGUGAUGGGGAACCAGUACCGCUUCCGGGUGUUCAGCGAGAACCUGGUGGGCGUCAGCGAGAACCCCGGCGUGUCCCAGAACACGGCCGACAUCCCCAAAGCAGGGCUGACGCUCAAGCCGCCCCAGUUCCAGGAGCACGACUUCCGCUCGGCGCCGCAGUUCCUGACACCGCUGGUGGAUCGCAGCGCCGUGGCGGGGUACACCACGGCCCUCAACUGCGCCGUGCGCGGGCACCCCAAGCCCAAGGUGGUGUGGCUGAAGAACCAAAUGGCCAUAGGGGACGACCCGCGGUUCCUGGCGCGGCACAGCCAGGGGGUCCUGACGCUGCAGAUCCGCAAACCGGGGCCGUUCGACGGGGGCACCUACGGCUGCCGGGCGGUCAACGAGCUGGGGGAGGCGCUGACCGAGUGCCGCCUGGAGAUCCGGGUGCCCCAGUGAAGCCCCAGCGACACAGGAUGGGGGGGCUCAUUUAGGGUGUGAAGAAGCUCCUGUGCACCUCCCGCCCCCCCCGGAAGGAAUUAACGCCCCCCCCCCCCAAUAAACGGAACCCCCAGUUCUGCUGCA